GCGGCAGGCAGCGGCGAAAGGGGAGCUUUCUUGUACAGGGUUGACGUUCGUCCGCUGCUCUGCCGGCCUCCCCGAGCACCAAUUGUUGCUGCGCCACAAAGUCAAGCGCCGCCGCCGCCUCGAUGGCUCAGCUGAUGAUCAAGGCCUACCUGCUGGGCAAGGAGGAGACUACCCGCGAGAUCCGGCGCUUCGCCGUCGACUUUCCCGCCCGUUACCAGCCGAUACGGGACAAGGUCGCCGAGCUCUUCCAGGGGCUGCUCCGCAAUUCUGCCGCCGCCACGGGCGCCUUUCAGAUGUACUAUAAGGAUGAAGAUGGUGAUAUGAUCGCUUUUUCCAGUGAUGAGGAAUUGAAGUUGGUUCCAUCCUCUGUGAAAGCUGGGGUUUUUCGGGUUUAUGUUAAAGAAAAAAAGGAGCUUAAGCAUGUGAACCGCCAGGCCUGCAACAAGGAGCGUCCUUUAAACCUAGUCCAUCCUAAUGUGACCUGUGAUGGUUGUGAUGGCCCAGUUGUGGGUGCCAGAUUCAAAUGCACAGUUUGUCCAGAUUAUGACCUGUGCAGCACUUGUGAGGGAAAAGGUCUCCAUAAGGAGCAUAACAUGAUCAUGUUUCCUAGUCCAUUCCACCAGCUUGAGUGGCUUCUUCAGGGUCGCUGGCUUCGUAAAAUGAGACAUGGUGUUUCACCCUUUCCCUGGAUGCAAGGUUGGGGACAUGCAUGUCCUGCUCGUCAGCAACAGAAUUCUGGCCAGGCACAAGCUAGUACUUCUUCUCAAACUGAUGCUCCUGAGUGUGAGACCACUAGCAAUCAAGCUCAAGAUCCCAAUGUCAACUUCUUGAAGAAUGUUGGAGAAAGUAUUGCUGCAUUCCUAAGUCCACUUGGCAUUGAAGUUGAUAUUGAUGUAGAACAUGCAGGUCAAAGAAGCAAAGUAUCACCUGCACAACCUAGUUCUGAGAAGAGCUGCUCCAAACCUAACAGUCCUAGUGAGCAAACCAAACCAGAAGCAAGUUCUGAAAGUAAUCCAGACAUAAGUGAUGCUCUUGUAAACCAAAUGCAGGAGAUGAUAGUAUGUUCUCCUCCUGCACAGAUGGAAGAAGAGAGUAUUUUGUCACAGGAACAAAGUGAAUCCAGUGGUAGUUCAGCAGGAGAUGAGGACUGGACCCAUUUAUCUUCAAAGGAAGUAGAUCCUUCAACUGGUGAAUUGCAGUCCUUACAGAUGCUAGAGGCAGACAGCCCAAGAUCUCUGAAUCCAGUUGAAGCUCCUGCUGAUGUUGGACCAACAGGAUUGCGAGAAGCUGCAAUCUACCCGCAUCUUCCACCUGAAGCAGAUCCUCGUCUGAUUGAAUCCUUGUCCCAGAUGCUCUCAAUGGGAUUCUCUGAUACAGGAGGUUGGCUGACUCAUCUGCUGCAUUCCAAGAACUAUGACAUUGGGGCGGCCCUGGAUACUAUCCAGUAUGCCAAGCAACCAUCAGCUUCAAAAUAGCACUUGUAUAACUCAUAAUUCUUAACACCAAUUGUUAAAGCCUCUUUUUAUAUUU